UUCAUUUCACACAGUUGCAUCUACCGCGGAAAUGUGUGGUUUGCGGCGUCUCAAUCAGAUAUCGCUUGGAAUUGUGUUUUUUUUUUCUGUUUGUUUGCCAUGUGCAUUAUUAGUAUUCAUUGAUUUACGGUCGCAAAUCGGGCGCGCGAAGAGUAAUGCUUGCUAAUAAACGUCGAAACGUCUAAAAAUAUAAAUAAAUGUACGCGAGGGGCGGCGAUUAUCGGUCCUUCCGAUCGCUAAACUUCUCCGAUCGGUCGCCUCGGUCGUUCGGCUCUGGUGUGUGUUGGCGAGUCGCCAUAGCGACGGGGCGCGUUCGCAUUUUAAUCGCGUUUGCGAAACGAUCGCGGGGCCGGUGCACACGGCGUCGGUGUGCUUGCGGAUGAGCUCUCUGCGGAAUGCCGAAGAGAGUCUGCAAACGAGGUUUGCGCGCGCUAAAAAACGAACGGUAAAACAAAAAUGCUUUCACUAGGUCACGGAAGCGUGCCUCCAGGAUGUAGUACAACCUGUGCGACACGAUUCACUCUGAUACGGACAAUGUAGUCAUUUGUUUCAAGGCUAUUUCCGCGAUGCGAUGAGAAAAACUGCAGUUUUUGCUUAUUUUCAUCUCGAAACUUAAAUAAAGUUGUAUUCAAAGCUAUAGCACGUUUAUUUUAACGCAAAUUCACAAUUCCUAUUGGAAUUUCAAACGGGAUGUGUUCCCCUUUUGGGAAUGCAAGUAAUAAGUAAAUUCAUUAGGUGCUCGAGUGGCAUUUAGCGCAGUGGCUGGCCAUUUAUCGAUUGUCAUUGUUUGGUUUUCACCUUGGCAACGAAGUGUGUGCGGCUGCCGUGUGCGUUAUUUGUCGAAGGUGAAUGCCGUUAAACGGCCGCGAGUGCAGAGACGCAACAAAGUGAACAAAACGCUGGUAAUUAACGCUUCCGACGCGCUGCGGCUGAUACGGUUAAUUUUCCCGACGACAAUGCGGACGUGCCGAAUGAUGCCUCGCCGCACUAAUGAACUACCCACUCGACGGGUACCCCCGCGAAGAUUUUUUUUGAAUAAACAUUAAUUAACCAGAAACAACACGCUGGAAUUUUACGCAAACAUCAAACAAAAAUUUAUUUAAAAUUUGAUGAAUGUUUGUUUAAAGCUUUAAAGUUUUUCUCUCGCUUCCAAGGAAGGAAUAAAUGUUGCAAUAUCUGUAAAGGGUUGAAUUUUUCAAGUGGAGCAUAGCGAUACCUUUGCCGGCGCUAGUGCCGCUUUCAUAAAAAAAUCGUUUUAAUUUUAAUGACGCCGCGAGAGACGAUGCACACUAAUACACGGCGAGCAGGCGCCGCCGCCGCCACAAGCGUCGUGUCGUCGAGGUAAACGUGGCACGUCGAACGCGCGUCGCCAUGCCAACGCAACCCGCGCACACGUGAGAUGAGUUUUCCAGCGGCUCAGAAAUACCGUGCAUAUUCCAGUCUAAUAGACAUGACGUGCGAUCGCUGCAAAGGAGCUGCACGUUUGUCACCUUCAUCUCCCUUUUAGCGCGCGCUUUGCCUCGUUUUUCUAUUUCCGCGUCCCAUACACCAUACUCACACAAGCGCACGCGCAUAUGACUUUGGACUUGGAGUGAAUAAGUUUGUAGAAAGAGGCAUGUCUCCGGAACGGGCAGGUACCCCGCAGGAAGAGAGUGCCACGACGCCGAAGAUGUCCGUUCCUGGUAGUCCGGUGGCUGGUACGCCGUCAAGGGACGCACAAUCUGCGUUUUCGUUUCUACUGGCCGUGGCGCAGAGCCAAACGCAACAACAAAAUGGCACCGCUAAUAAGACGCCUGACGAUGAUCUUACAAGUCUCACUUGGUUACAAGAUAGAGAUUUAUUGAAAGGUAUGAAUUUAGUCAGUCAAUCACCGUCGAACAGCGUGCAAACGACACCGAACAAAUGGAAUGCCACUACGAAUGGAAUUCUCAGCGACCAGUCGCCAACGAGCGACUACGUCGAUGAUUCGUCCAUAUCGGCGGCGGACUCGUCGAGCAGUUCGCUCAACUCGCCCAUCCCCCAAACGCACACGCUGCCCACGCCGUUGCAGCAGCAACAGAUGAAGCAGCAGGCGCAGACGCGCUACCGCCACCCACACACGAUACCCUACGAUCCGAUGGUGCACAUAACGAAUAAACCGCCGUAUUCGUUCUCGUGUCUCAUCUUCAUGGCGAUUGAGGACUCGGAGCGCAAGGCGCUGCCUGUCAAGGAGAUCUACUCGUGGAUCAUGGAUCAUUUUCCCUACUUCAAAACGGCGCCCACCGGCUGGAAGAACAGCGUGCGGCACAAUCUGUCACUGAACAAGUGCUUCCAAAAGGUCGAGAAAGCACCGAAUCUCGGCAAAGGCUCGCUGUGGAAGGUCGAUCAGCAGUAUCGCCCGAAUCUGUUGCAGGCGUUGACGCGCUCGCCGUUCCAUCCCUGCUCGACACUGGAUCCGGGCGAUUACUAUAACAAGGCCAAGGUGGCGGAAAAGACUUAUUCCUCCAGAUUGCCCAAUCCCGAAUUCUUUCCUUUUCUCUCCAACGAGAUGAGCAAGCUGGUAAAGACGGAGAAUUCUGACACGGAGUCUCUGGAUGAGGCCGACGCAGCUGCGGUUAUGCUUAGCUUGCGGAAUGGUCCGCGACAACGCGCCAACAAACGCAUGAUUAUCACGAAUUCGCCUAGUCAGGAUCAUACGUACAGCGCUGCGGAGAAUCAGAAUGGCUCCAACGACGAAGCUUUCGAGAGUGACGAGGAAAAGCUUAAAAUCGUACCUAUUCCUGCACUAUGCGUUAAAAUCGAUUUCGAAGACGACGAACAGCGUAGGAUAAAAGAGAGUGCCGAGACGCUGCUGCAUCUCGCCGGUGUCGGGUAUGACAUGCGAAAGCGCCCCUCCGACACCUACUAUGACGAGGCGUCUCCGACGAAACGAACACACCUGCUGCCCGACGACGGUGAGUUAGAUAUGGAAAUCAAGUGCGAGCCCGAGGAGGUGCUCGUCGACGAGAAACCCGUGCAAUUUCAACCGCGCAUGCUGCGCAAAAAAUCGCGCUUCCCGCCGAACAACAACAAUAGCCUCAUCGCGCCCGAUAACGAGUGGGCGAAACAGCGGCGCGAACUGGAGCUGGACCAGAGCAGGUAAUGGCGGCGUGCGCGCGUUUACUAAAGCCCAUCCGAGUAAAUUACGUAAGGGUCGAAAGCGAUUUUAUCAAGCAGCGGUCAACGAAAACAAUUGCUAUAGUAAAUACGAUUUUUAUACCGACACUGCGUCCGUUUUUAUGACGAUUGUGCGCGGACCAUUUGCUCUAGUUAGUGAAUUUGUUAACAAUUAACAUUUAGGGAAUUUAAUGAUUUUAUAUAUAAACCAUGAUUGCGAUUAUUCUAUCUAUACAUAUAUAUAUCGGCGAACGGACUUGAAUCGCGACACUAUUUCAUGAGUUUUGAGCAUAUAUCUAUAUAUUUUAUCAUUUGUUUUUAUUGCUAUUAUAUUAAACCUAUUAGUGUGCGCGUGCAGCACAAAAUUGAAAUGUUAACAUGGUACUUUUUAUUAUUAUCAUAUUACCUAGGAUUGUUUAUUUGUAAGCGAGCUUUAUCAAUUUGAAACUUAUCAUUAGUUACGCACACACGAUGCCUGUUUACUUGUUAGGCUAGUACGAAUGGAAAAUUUGAGCGUGCGGAAUGGAGGAGAUUGCAAGUAGGGGUUGCAAGUUACCAAACUACGAUAUCAAGUAAUUUCUAAAAGCGAUCGCAACACUCGCACACCCUAAAAUCGUAACCAAUUUUUAACUUAUUGUAUUUAAUUAAUUGUUAACGUUGUUGAUUAACAAUCACUUAGACAAUUUACAUAUUUAUUUAACUAAUUAUUUUGUCGACAACAUACUAGAUUAAUUUUGAAACAACAAACAAAAUUUAUGGUUAAUGGUGCUCGAAGGAAGUAACUUGAGAAGCAAUAAUUUGUCUGUCAUUACUACUACUACUACUAAACAAAGUUUACCAGAUUGUGUGUUUCAGAUAACGCAUCAAAAAAGACUUGGCACAUUUCGACUCUUAGUGGUUUUAGCUGGGUAGACUUUUCUACAUAACGUUGAUGCGAAUUAGAGAGAGAUGAUGAAAAUUUAGCGGAUAUUUGUAUAAAGUUUAAAAGUAUAUCAUAAAAGUCUAAAUAAUAACACUAUCAUUCACAUUAUUGCAUGUCGUUCGAGGCGUGGAGGUGAAGCAAAUUAUAAUUACAAACAAAAGAAGAAACAAACAUAGCUUGUGCGUGCGCCAGAUGAGAAACGUGAACGUAAGCUAUAUAUUUUUUCUAUCACCCGUGAUAUUUGCUCUUCCUAACAUAUAUACAUAUAUAAAUAAUAAAAUUGAUGAAGAAAUGGUAUAAAUUUAAAACUAUUAUUAUCGUAUGUGAAUAAUCUGUAAAAUAAUUGUAACAUACCUAUUUGAAUGACUACUGUUUUUGUAAAAUAAUUGCGCGCGCAUGUUGAGAAAGUAAUUGAUGACCAUAGCGUUCGUUCUAAGUUGAUAAGAUUUACGCGUUAAUGAUAUAUACCAUUCUAAUUGUAAUGAGCAACAAACAAACACAAUCAUUUAGUGCUAUUGCAUCCUAGAUGCGCACCGAGACACUAUUUCUGUGAAACGCUUAGAAGUUUAUUCGCAUCGUCUUCAUUCGGCAAUGAACACAAUUCUAAAUCUACAAGAAGCAAUACACAUUAAUUAUAUUAUUUGAAAGAAGUAAAGACACACAAAUGAAACAAAUAUUUCCAACUUUUAGUCGGUCUCGUAAAAAAUGUAAAAUGUGCCAAAAUAUCUAUUUAAGCUAAAUGUUUUCACAACCUACUUGCAAUUCGAUGUAUUGUUUUCACUGUCAAUGCGAGACUAGCUUUUCUAUUCGCAAGUACAUAAAACGUUAGCCGUCUUCCACUUUUAUAUAUGAAAACACACAAGAAUAUAAAUGAGAAUAAUAAAUGCGAGAUAAACAAUGCUGAAAUGCAACUUAAUGGUGUAGAGAUGUGUGUGUCUAUAACACGAUUACAUGUUUAACGCUGUAAUAUCCGAGAUCUUUUCGUUGGUUUCGUUUACUAGAAGCUAAAACGCCACUUUUGCAAAGAAUGACAACACAUUUACGAGCAGUUAUAUUUCAUCUAAACGUAAACAAAUCGACAAUGAUAUUUAAAUACCAUGUUAAUUAUUUGACGAUAUAAAUGGAGAUGUAAAGAAUAUGAUGAUGGGUAGAAUAUGUAGGAGGCGAGUGGUGAUUGGAGGAGGAUUGAAAAAUUAAAAUAUCAAAGAUGUAGCAAUAAUAUCUAUAAAAUGAAAUAAUUAAUAAAAUUAUGAAUAAAGUCGUUUAUACCGGUGUUAUCAACAAAA